ACUCGACAUGAAGCUCUUUAUUUCGCCUUUGCUUUCCCGCAGAAGUCCCAUCUCCCUCCCCUCGCCCUCUCUUUAAAAAAAUAGCCCUUUUUAUUAUUCUCUCUGCCACCCAGCCCCAGCCCCAGCAUCACCACCAACACCAACACUUUCUUCUCCUUAUUGGAUCAAAUCAGGUUUUUGUGUGUGUGUGUGGGGAGGGGGUUGUAGAUCGGUAAUAUAAUAUAUUGGUUUCUGGCUCGAGUUUCAAGCUAAUCGAGUCAUUUGAUAGUCUUGCUCUUUGUGGUUUAAUGUGAAGUUGUGACUGUUGGUUGGGAAGAGGCAUGUAAUUUAGGUUUUUUUUUUUUUUUGGGAGGUGGGUUUUUGUAUUAAGGCUGUUAUAGCUUAUAAAUGGGUGUGAGUUAUAUAGCGAUUUCAGCAGUAUGUACGGCUUUGAGUUUUGUGGGUCUUCAAUGGUGGACAGAGGUGUCUUUAGAUAGAUUGAGAUCAGAUGGUUUGAUUGGUGAGAAUUUUAUCAACUCGGAGAAUGUCAACCGCGCGCUUGAGCUUCUGUUCAGUUCUUAUGCAACCAUUGCAUUGUUGGUGAAUUUUGUAUUCAAUGUAUUUCUACUACUCAAUCUUUGUCUCAAGACUAUUUUCUUUGGAGAGUUAUAUUCUUCUGAAACUCGAAAACUAGUGGAACGUCUUAUUAAUUAUGCUAUUUACAAGGGAACCUUUCUGCCACUGGUUAUUCCACCAACAAUUUCUCAAACAGGUCUCUGGUCAAUUUGGUUGACUGUUCUAUGUUCUUUAAAGAUGUUUCAAGCACUAGCUAGAGAUCGACUUGAACGUUUGAAUGCAUCUCCUUCUGCAACUCCAUGGACAUAUCUUCGUGUUUAUUCAGCAUUGUUGCUGGUCCUCUCUGUUGACUUUUUCUGGAUACAGAUGUGUUUCGUGAUAUACAGAAGUACGGGCUCGUCCAUGUUUCUGUUGUUGUUCUUUGAGCCUUUCAGUAUUGCUUUUGAGACCAUGCAAGCUAUGCUGGUUCAUGGAUUUCAGUUGCUUGAGAUUUGGUUCCAUCAUUCGGCUGGGAAUAGCACAAAUUGCCAAAGGUUCAAGUUUUUUGAUGCAAUGAGAGCAGGUUCAUUGUUGGAGUGGAAAGGCGUUCUUAUCCGGAACUUGGGUUUUUCGCUAGACAUGGCAACCUUAUUAAUGGCACUUGGUCAUUAUGUGUAUAUAUGGUGGCUUCAUGGUGUGGCAUUUCAUCUUGUGGAUGCAGUUCUCUUUUUGAAUAUACGUGCAUUGCUAAGCGCUAUCAUAAAGCGUAUAAAAGGAUUCAUCAAGCUUAGAAUAGCUUUAGGUGCCCUUCACGCAGCACUUCCUGAUGCAACAUCUGAAGAGCUACGAGCAUAUGAUGAUGAAUGUGCUAUCUGUAGGGAACCUAUGGCUAAGGCCAAAAGGCUACAUUGCAGUCACAUAUUUCAUCUUGUUUGCUUGAGAUCUUGGUUGGAUCAGGGUUUAAAUGAGAUAUACUCAUGCCCCACUUGUCGGAAGCCACUUUUUGUAGACAGGCCUGAAAAUGAAGCAAGUACUCAUACUGGAGAAGCUCUAACAGAUGAACAACUUGCUCAUCAAAUAAAUGAAGGACGUGAUCGGCAAAACACUCCAGGUCAUGUGCUGUCUGCUGGAGUAUUCCCUAACCAGAUUCGGAACUCUAUGGAAGGCAGCCCUUGGAGAAGUGCAGGGUUGGAUUCAAGUUGGCUACCCACUUGGCCCAGCCAGGGUGGAGAUGGGGCUGGUCCCUCAACAGCUAUGAGAUCUGUUGGAUUGGGUAGGGUUCAGAUGAUGAUGAGGCAUCUUGCAUCUGUGGGAGAAACUUAUGCACAAACUGCCCUUGAAGAUGCUGCUUGGAGCCUUUGGCCAACGAAUCCAUCUCACGCUACUCCAUCUACCUCUUUCAUCCCUCCUGCUGCUGGUGGAAGACGCCCUGGUGGCACUGGUGGUUUACAUGUGAGCACCACAUCACGCACCACAAAUGACAACAUAGCAAACAUACUUGCCAUGGCUGAGACAGUGCGGGAGGUUUUGCCCCACAUCCCGGAUGAGUUGAUACUCCAGGACUUGCAGCGAACAAAUUCUGCUACUGUUACUGUAAAUAAUCUCCUGCAAAGGUGAGAUGAAUAUUCUGUAAUGGUUUCAUGUGCUCAUUAGUCAACCUUGUCCUUCCAUAUACUGAGUAUCUCUGACGGUUUGGGUUGAGCACGACUUUGCCAAUGACCCCAGACCGCUCUUUACCCUUUCAAUUACCCAUAAGCUUCAAUAUAUGUACCAAGGCAUUUGUACUUGAGAUGGAAAAGAAAGGGGAGGAAGAAGGCACAAUUUAGUGUUAGUUUCUCGGUUUCAUGUGGAAAAAUAAAUUACGAUACAUAUAAAUAGAUGGGCAGGUUGAGGUAGGUGUAUGUGUUAGGAGCCUGAAGAGAAUUUACCACAUCAAGUCAAUUUACUCCAAGCUACAAAGGAUGCGGCUGCACUGCUCUGUUCUGCAUACAUAGUGUACAAUUAUAUGAAUAAAGUGUAUUGUUUGAUCUGAGUAGCUCCGGUUAGAUUCUGAGGAAACUAAUGAUUUACUUCUAAAGCAUCUCAUCAAUUGCUAGUUUUCAAUCGAAAUAUUGCAGCCAGUUGUGUUUAGCA